AUGUCGCCGCUGACAAACCCUCUCUUCAAUCACUCCACUACCUCCGACCAACAAUCCUCGGCCUUACCUUCGACACCCUCUCCUCCAAUUCCGGCUGAAGACAUUGAAUUACCUCCUUCUCCUCAAGAUGAAGAGGAGCCCGAGAUCCCAUCCUCUCCCCCGGCCAUUUCCUCCCUUCCGAACGGUUUCGACACCUUCUCACAUCGCAAUCAAUAUCUCUCGCAGUACACGACUCCUUCAAGAUCCCGAGCCCAAUCGCCUCCAAGACGGACGACACCCCUUUCUGCUGGUGGAAUUCCUAGCAUGCCUCCUAUGCAGCGAGCCCAUUCUUCUCCUGGGGUUGAUUCUUCAGGCCGCUAUAUCACGGCCUAUGGGGCUCCCCGCCGACCAUCUUCACCACUAAAUUCGGGAAGAAGGAGGAGUCCUCUCCGAUCGACUAUGGAAGAGACUUACCCCGGCGCUCCAUCGUGGAGUGGGCUCAGUAUUGAGCCAAACAUUCCAGAAAAUGCAGAACUCCAACUCUCCGCCGAGAUUGAUCCGUCGAACCCAUCUCCUAUUUCCUCCUUUUCCAACACGUUUCCGCGGUCCCGUCGACGAACGUCUAGUCCUCUACAUCAAAGUGCCAGUGCUCCCUCCCUUCAUGCAAGAGCCAUGAGCCCUAGCAUGUCUGGGAGGACAUCUCCAUCGCCAGCGCUCGCACCACAGAAAUACACGUACGAACCCUACCCCAUGUAUUCUUUCAGCUCUGCAUCCAGUAUACCGAGCACUCCCACAUCUCUGCGAUCUCGAUCGCCUUCGAUUAGCUCUCUUGAGACUAUUGAGGACACCCCCGAUGCAGAGGAGGCAGCACGGCUGGAAGAAGAGGAGGCCAAGCCCAAGGGCGAAGAUGGUGAGGCGGGAGAUUUGCGAAGACGAAGUUCUAUGGAAAUUCGAGGCAGUAACUUAAGAAGCAACAAAGAAAGAAAGAGAUGGUCUGUAUGUGGAGCGGAAAGGCGGGCAGACUUUUCUUUGGAACCGAUUGAAGAAUGA